CCUAUUUUAAUGAUAUUUUUUCUGAAUGGGGUGUGAUAAUCAACAAAUACCGAAUUGUAAGUGUCACGGGUACUGACACAUUAAAAGAUAGAUAGAGAGAGAGUGAGUGAGUGAUGGGGAGUGUGAGACAUGAUAAUUAGAGAGUGACGUUAGUUCGAAAGAGACGAAGUAAGCGGUGAAAUUGUAAAGAAAGUGCUUGUUUGUUCUUUACUUUAAGCGAGUCUUAGGCAUAACACCAGCAAAAGAUAAAUCACAAACAAUGUCGGAGUUAUUACAUUAUUUCGGUAGUAUUGCUGCUAUAGAUUUCGGUAUUCAGUGGGCUGUAUGGUCGGUGUCAGCUGCUUUGAAAACUGAUAAGUUUUACGAUUGUACAGGUCUUUCAACAUUUAUCCUCUUGGCUUGUGUGAGUUUGAAAUGGGGCAAAUCUAUGUUUGUCAGACAGCAGGUACAGACUGGAAUGGUAUGUGCGUGGGCAACACGGCUUGGUGUCUACCUGGUAAGGAGGAUAAUGAAGGCAGGAUCUGACUCCCGUUUUGAUAUUGUCAAAAGAAGGCCAUUAAAAUUCUUAAUAUACUGGACAGUACAAGGUGUCUGGAUUCUGUUUACUUUGAUGCCAACUUUAAUUCUGAAUUAUAAAACUGUUGACAAACCUAUUGGAUAUCAAGAUUAUGCUGGCUGGACACUAUGGGCAAUUGGAUUUUUGUUUGAAUCCAUCGCAGAUUACCAGAAAUCUAAAUUUCGAGCAAAACCAUCAAACAAGGGCAAAUAUAUCCGGAGUGGACUUUGGAGCAUAUCACGGCACCCAAAUUAUUUUGGAGAAAUUCUGUUGUGGCUUGGGUUGUACAUAACUGCACAGAAAACUAUGGAAGGGUAUGAAAACGUCAGCAUUUUCUCCCCAAUAUUUGUGGCCUUCCUGCUCAUAAAAGUGAGUGGGAUUCCAAUUUUAGAGAAAACAUCAUUUGAGAGAUGGGGUACGACCCCUUCAUAUGUGGAUUAUGUUCAAUCUACAGCUAAGUUGAUACCAUUUAUUUGGUAGAUUUUUUUUUUUUUUAUGAAUUUUUUUUCUUUCUGUCAGAUAAUAUAUGUAAAUAAAAUAACUCUCCAAGUUCAAAACAAAAGUCUCAGAUGAAAUUAAUGAAUUAUGCAAUUAAAUUUAAAUUACCAGAUCAACUGAAAUUGAAUGAGCCUAGAAGAAAAUGAUUGAUUAACCCUUUAGUGUUUAGAUUACUCUGUUAAGUGUAAUACCUUUCCAUUCAAAUUGUUUUGA